AUGUCAUUCCACGGCGGCAGCAGCUCCGGCACCGGCGGCGACGACGGACCCAGCGCGUGGCCGUCGAGCCUGAGCAUGCCGGAGACGGAGGAGCUUUACCGGUUUGGGCUCCUCGUGGCGGCGGCGAUUCCGCCAGUGGUCCCACAGGCGGAGGCGGAGGCGUCGGAGUCGUCGGACGACGACGUCAUCGACUGGGAGCGUUAG